UACUCGCGCGUACAAAAUUUGGCAAUUGCAGCGUCCCGCACUCCGCAGAGGAGAAAUAGUCAAAAACCACCAACAAAUACGACGCACCGCGAGAAUGUGGAGGCGCGUGGUAUCUACUUCCCCGGCUCAGCUCCAAAACCUCGCCGCCUCAGCCUCACGCAGAUCCUCGUCUCUCAAUCACACCCGUAGGUUCGUAAUCUCCUCAGCGUCUUCCCCUUCGUCCACGCCGUUGCCCAAAUCCGCUCCUCCCGCCGCUCCCCACAUUGCCUCCGCUUCCACCUCCCCUCUGAAGAAAAACCCUCAGGAAGCUAAUCCGACUGCUACCGGUCACGAGCUUGAGGAGCUUGCUGCCGAGCUUGAGGGAAGGGACGUUCUUGAAAUCAAUUACCCUGUUGGUCCUUUCGGUACCAAGGAAGCACCUGCGAUCGUCAAGUCUGUCUAUGACAAAAGAAUAGUUGGAUGCCCCGGUAUUGAGGGAGGAGAUGAUGAGCAUGAUGUCGUGUGGUUUUGGCUUGAGAAAGGAAAGCCAUACGAAUGCCCUGUCUGUACCCAAGUUUUUAAGCUGCAAGUGGUUGGCAAAGGAGGUCCUCCAGAUGGUCACCAUUGAUCCGGCUGACAAGUUUCUUGCGCAAAUAAAAAUUUGAUUUACAUGAUUUUGUGGGUGGGGGGCAGUCUUUUAUACUGUGUAGCUUGAAUAAUUAUUUUCUGGUUUGUUUUUCGGGGAUCCGUAGUUCUUAUGAGAUUGUGUCCGACGUUUUUGUCGGUGAUAAUUUUGGUUUCAUGGUCAGUUCAAUAGAACUGGAUUCGUUUGAGUGGCUGAUAAUUUUGAAUUGUGUACGAAGAUCAAAAUAAUUGAGUAGAUUGUUUUUAAAAUAAAAGUUAAUGACUACAUGUCAAUCGUAAUA